AAUGUUAACUCUCCAUCUAUUCAUCUGUCAACUCUGUUUAUGAAAGGUGAAACAAAAUGUCCAGUGGCAUGUGAUCUGCAGAGACAAGGUAAAGAGCAAGAGGGCACUGUGACAGAGGCCCCCAGGGUUCCCUACCGGUGCACAUUCUCAAGGUGUGGAUCCUAUAUCUGCGGUUUGUGAGUUCUACAGAUGGCUGAGCAUCGGCGUUGGCUUCUAGUGAGCUUAUUUCUCACUAAGGUUCUUCUCUUGGAGGCUUCAAAAAUACUGACUAUAGCUACAAUGGGUGGAAGCCAUUGUAGAUUGAUGAAGCAUGUAUCACAAAUUCUUCAAGACCAUGGCCAUAAUGUGACCAAUCUGCUACAUGAAAAUGUUCCCUUCCAAGAUUUUAAAAAGGAGAAAACAUCAUAUGAAGUUAUAACUUGGCGUCCACCUGAAGAUCAGGAAAAAGAAUUUCAUAGUAGAGUAUAUCUCCUUGUGGAAGAAUUAUUUAAUGAAAGGUUCAAUCAUCACACUCUUGUAAAGAUGUACAAAUACUUUGUGGAUGUAUGCAGUCACUUAUUAAGCAGAAAGGACAUCAUGGGCUCCUUAAGAAAAAAGAACUUUGACCUCCUAUUUUUGGAUGCAGCAGAACCUUGUGUUUUCUUGAUUGCUGAGAAACUUGAAAAACAAUUUGUGGCCUUUCUUCCCAUGCAAUUUAGUUUUAUGGACUUUGGACUCCCUAGCCCCUUAUCUUAUGUUCCAGUGUAUGGUUCAAGACUAACUGACCAAAUGGACUUCUGGGGCCGAGUGAAGAACUUCCUGAUGUUCUUUGAUUUCUCCAUGAAGCAAAGACGAAUACUUUCUCAUUAUGAUGCCACUAUCCAGGAACAUUUUGCAGAAGGCUCUCGGCCAGUUUUGUCUGACCUUCUACUGAAAGCAGAGCUGUGGUUUGUCAACUCUGACUUUGCCUUUGAGUUUGCUCGUCCCCUGCUUCCCAACACAGUCUAUGUGGGAGGCUUAAUGGACAAACCUACCAGGCCAAUACCUCAAGACUUGGAGGAUUUUAUCUCUAAGUUUGGAGACUCAGGUUUUGUUCUUGUGGCCCUGGGCUCCUUAGUAACCCUGCAUCAGACGAAGGAACUUAUUAAGGAGAUGAACAGUGCCUUUGCUCGCCUCCCUCAAGGGGUGCUGUGGACAGUUAAGGAAGAUCAUUGGCCCAAAGAUGUGAGAUUGGCCCCAAAUGUCAAAAUCAUGGAUUGGGUUCCCCAGAAUGACCUUCUGGCUCAUCCUAGUAUUCGACUUUUUGUCACCCAUGGUGGAAUGAAUAGCAUCAUGGAGGCCAUCCAGCAAGGAGUACCCAUCGUGGGAAUUCCAUUUUGUGCAGACCAACCUGAAAACAUGAUCCGAAUAGAAGUUAAGAAAAUUGGUGUUUCUGUUCAGCUAGAGACAAUCAAGGCAGAAACGUUUGCACUUACACUGAAAGAAGUCAUAGAAGACAAGAGGUACAAGACUGCAGCAAUGACUGCCAGGGCCAUCAGGCGCUCCCACCCCCUCACACCGUCCCAGCGUCUGGUGGGCUGGAUUGACCACAUCCUACAAACAGGGGGAGGAACACAUCUAAAGCCCCAUGGCUUUCAGCAGCCAUGGCAUGUCCAGUACCUGCUGGAUGUCCUCUUGUUCCUGCUGGGGCUCACUCUGGCCACCUUGUGGCUGUUGAAGAAAGUGCUGGGCUUGUUGCUCAGGACCCUGUGUGUGGCUAGGAAGGAAAAGAAGGCAUAAUGUUAAGUUUGACCUGGGGAGGACAUUGGGAGCUUUCCCAUUCCGUAGCACAAGGAACUUUCUCUUCCUGCUGGUGGACCUCCAGUUGUCCUCACUAUUUCUGCUCUUUUCAUGAUCCUCAUACAGUACAUUGACUGACUGGUGACUCCUCAUUACCUGACUUCCCUUGCUCUAGUACCAACCUUUUACCGGCCAUUUCUCCUCUUCAGUUCUUUCUGCCAUUCACAGUGCUAUAAAAGUUUCAAUCUCUAUCUGACUUCUAUUCUCUGGCUCUUACUUCUCCAAUCAUUUGAGAUAAAAAACCCCACACUAGACAAAUUCUACUUACUCCUUUUUUUCUACUUUAUAAACUCUCUUUAGAGUUCAGAUGCCUAGAGUGCUGUUACCCUGUUAGGGAGGAAUAGCCACUCCUAAGAUUUAAUAAGAAUCAGUUUACCUGAAAAUGACAACAUACAAAUGAAGUAUUCCUGGAUAUUGAAUAAAAUAAUAAAUAUAGUUAACGGAAAAUUGAAGGGUUGGUAGAAAUCAUUUUUGAUAUGACUUGUAUGAAAGAUUUACUUCCUAAUGUGUGAGAAAUUUACAUAAGGAAAGAAAAGAAGCUACAGUCUGUCCAGUUAUUGGAGUAACAACUAUAUGUAAAAGAGAAUAAACCUGAGAUUUAUAAGUUGAUACAGAAUGAACCUCAGUGUUGUUAAGUAAGUAGAUUUAAAAAAAGCAAUAAAUAUAAAAUGUCUUAUUUUUUCAAGAUAGUAGGAGUUAAGGGACAACAAAUAACGUGUGAACUUUCUUCCAUAAAAUGUUAUUCUCAAAACAAAUAUACAUGGGAAAAUCAUGUGAGGGAUCAUGUGCAAUAUGUGGAUGAGGAUCCCAUGUCACAUUUCAUACUACACACAGGGAUUUUCAUGUGAGCUAGCAUUGUCUGUACAAAAUAUGUUAAUUCUGAGAUUCAGUCUUCCUGAUGUAGAUGAAGGAUUUUCUCUUUUGCCUGGUACCACAGCCACUUCCAAAUAAUCACUCAGAGACUUACAUUAAUUAUAAAUGUUUGUCCAAUAACUCAGGCUUAUUAUUAGCUAGCUCCUAUGUUUAAAUUAAUCAUUUUUUUUAGUCUAUAGUUUGCUGCUUGGUUCGUGGUUUAUUACCUUAUUUACAUGUCUUUCUUCCUCAGGGUAGUCUGGAUGCUCCCAAAUUCUGCCCUUCUUCUCUUGUAUCUCUGCUUGAAUUUCCUACCUGGCUCUAUCCUCCUUUGCUCUGAACCAAAUCACCUUUAUUUAUUAAUCAAUACCUAGAGCAACACAUAGUCACAGCAUACAGAAAUAUAUUCCACAGCAUAUCUGCUUUU